GCAAGGGAAGGAGUGAAGAUUGAGCACGAGAAGAAGUUGUCUGCGCUGCAGAGUCAGGAGUACAAAGGAGGUGAUGAAUCCAAGCUAAACAAGACUAAAACUUCCAUAACCAGAUUGCAAUCUCUCAUCAUUGUCACUUCAGAAGCUGUUUUAACCACGUCUAGUGCCAUUCUUCGCCUCCGGGACACUGACCUUGUGCCUCAGCUUGUUGAACUCUGCCAUGGAUUAAUGUACAUGUGGAAGUCAAUGCACGAGUACCACGAAAUCCAGAACAACAUCGUGCAACAAGUCCGUGGCCUGAUGAACCAAACAGAGAAAGGUGAGUCAACAUCAGAGGUACACCGGCAGGUGACAAGGGACUUAGAAGUAGCCGUAUCCUUGUGGCAUACAAGCUUUUGUCGCAUCAUCAAAUACCAGAGAGAGUUCAUAUGCUCUCUCCACGCCUGGUUCAAGCUGAGCCUGAGCAACGAAGAGCCAAAGAAACAGAGGCAGGAGUCGUUUGCCUUGUGUGAGGAAUGGAAGCAGAGCCUGGAGCGGGUGCCUGAUACGGUGGCGUCAGAAGCGAUAAAGAGCUUUGUAAACGUGGUACAUGUCAUAUCAAUAAAGCAGGCGGAAGAGGUGAAGAUGAAAAAGCGGACGGAGAGUGCAGGAAAGGAGCUGGAGAAGAAGGCAUCAUCACUUAGGAGCAUAGAAAGGAAGUACUACCAGGCCUACUCGACGGUUGGGAUAGGCCCCGGACCGGAGGCAUUGGACGGACGGGAUCCGCUGUCUGAGAAGAAAUGUGAGCUGGCGGCGUGUCAGAGGCAGGUGGAAGAUGAGGUGAUGAGGCACGUGAAGGCAGUGGAGGUGACAAGAGCUAUGACACUCAACAAUCUUCAAACGGGACUCCCCAAUGUCUUCCAAGCCUUGACCAGCUUUUCAUCUCUAUUCACUGAAUGUCUCCACACUAUAUGGGCCACCAAAGGCAUGGGCCGAGCCCAGAGAGGCCGAACGAAUUUGACUUAAUGGCAGUUGACGUUGACAUCGUACGCCGCACC